AUGUGUGGGGGUCCUCUGGCGGUAGGUUGGAGGCGUGUGGCGGAGAAAGACGAGAGUAUUGGAGGGAUACUACCUGCGGAUCGCCUUGCUUUUUUGGCGACGUUCCUUUUAUUUCUACUCUCUAUUGAUGAAGGAUUCACUUCCCACCUUAAUGAUUCCGUAUCAUAUACUUCAACCAAGCACGUCUCUCUUGAAUGCUGGGUAUAUUCUCCCAGUACAUGAUUCGAACUUUGUGCUUUAUCUGCUGAAGUCCAUGUCCUCGAGAUCGGCCGGAGAG